UUUAAUAUUGAUAUUUCAGUACAUAUGGAAGAAUUGCCGCAACCGAUACAGUAUUACCCCAUAUAUCUAAUGAAAUAGAUAAAGAUGUAGUAGUCACAGAAUCUGUAGUAGCAGUGACAGACACUGUGACAAACAGUAAUGAUGAAGUCACUACUUUAUCAUCUAAAGUCACAAACAACGCAACAAAGGAGCCAGAUACUACCAUUCUACCUCAGAAGAAAAAUGACAGAUGUUUAAAUAGUACAGCAGAUAUAAUAGAUAAUUUUAUUGAAACAGAAGACUUACUCCCACUGUGUGAGCAUAAAAUUGAAAAUGACAAUAAAAUACUGAAAUUAACAGAUUACAUAGAAGAAGGUAAAAUAGAGGAAGGACGAAAAGCGUCUGAAGUGAAUCCAGACUUAUUUUUGGGUGUCAAAAGUUAUUCGGGAUUUUUUACAGUCAAUAAGACGUAUGAUUCAAACACUUUCUUCUGGUAUUUCCCGGUAGAACAUAAAGUGAACGAAACACCAUGGAUAAUAUGGUUGCAAGGAGGUCCUGGUGCUUCCAGUUUAUCUGGAUUGUUUGAUGAGAUCGGACCUUUCAAGCUAACCCAUAAGAAGAUAUUAGUACGUAAUCCAUAUACAUGGUUACGAAACCAUUCGCUGGUGUUUAUAGACAACCCUGUGGGUACAGGCUGCAGCUUUACAAGGCACGAAAACGGAUACGCCACUAAUAUGGCCACAUAUGCAAACCAUCUGUACAGCACAGUGAAGCAAUUAAUACAGGUGUUUCCGGAGCUGAGAAGUGCCCCAUUGUAUGUUGCCGGUGAAUCGUACGCGGGCAAAUAUGUGCCUGCAUUGGCAAUGGAAAUUCACAAACACAAAAACUCACCGGGAGGAGAUAUUAACCUUAAGGGAAUGAUAAUUGGUAACGCUUAUGUAGAGCCAGGGAUGAUCUUGCAAAUCACGCAGUCGUUCUACCACUUCGGCUUACUGGUACAAGAACAACUUGAUAUUGUGCAGCCACUUUUGGAUAAGUUCAAGAGCGAUGUCGCAGCUAACAGAAGUGUUAAAGCCAAAGAAAGAUGGAAUGCCAUAGUCGCCUUGUUACUAUUUUUAUCAAACCAGAAGCAAGCAUACAAUUUCCUUCGAGAUGAAAUGACAGCCGGGAAGUAUGAAUGGUACCUGAGGAAACCGGAGGUGAAGAAGGCUCUUCAUAUCGGUAACAUCAGACACUCCUUCGUCAACAUCACUGUCAACAAGAAGCUUGCACCAGACUUUCUGAGCAAUACUCGGCCGCUAUUCGAAUCUCUACUAAACGAGUAUCAAGUGUUGACCUAUUGUGGUCAGCUGGACCAAAUGCUGCCGUGCGCUACGACAUCAGAUCACUACCGAAGAUGGAAGUGGGACAAUUCGAAUGAAUUCCUCAACGCGACCCGCUAUCCGCUGAUAUUCAAAAACAAACUAGUAGGCUACCACAAAUCCGGUGGGCGGUUAACAGAAGUGAUGAUACGUGGUGCCGGACACAUGGCGCCACAGGACGCUCCCGCCACUACACACGAGAUGGUCACCCGUUGGACACGCGGCAUACCUCUCAGCAUACCACAAGUGCCCGACUUAGAAUAUGCACUAGAGUUCCUUAGAAACAGCACAGAGGACAUGAUGUUUAUUUAAAAUAAUUUAUUCUGAAGCGUAUUUUUAUUAUUAGAGAAUUGUAUUUUCUGCCACCGAAUAAAGUUCGGAGCCGUUCUAUUGUAACUUUCGUGUGCUUUCGUUGUGAGUACUUACUUUUAUAUUUUAAGUAACACCACGAACAUGAGUCAAUUAUUUUAUUUAUACUGUGAAUUGUCAUUCUUUGUAGGUAUUUAUUGUAUAUUAUUUUAAUAUUUUAGAAUCAGAAUUUUAUGUAAAAUAAACUAAAUAAUUAGGUAGUGUAUCAUUGUUAGACUAUUUACAUAAACUUUAUUUUUUAUCAUUUAAAUAUGAUGGUGAUAAAUAUAAGUAAACAAUUUUUUUCCGUCACUUUUCUC